AAACUCUUUCCGUUAAAAUCACUAAUGGAAAAGGACCAGGAGACUACCCUCCCCCUCCAUAAAGAGGUAAAAGCUAAAGCAAACUACAUGUAGUACAUUACACAGACAGGCACCUUUUUUUCUCCAAAAUUAAUGUUUACUCUUUUCGAGGGUGCCAAGCAAGUUCUUCUAGAGAAUAGCGCCUAGUACUGAGUGUUGUAACAGAAGAGAAAAGGAGUACCAGGGCUGCUGGAUUUUCUUAGAAAAGAAGGAUAUGGAGAAGCUAACAGAACUGAGCCACCUUCUUGUGACAGUAUUCCUCUCCAGCUUUGCUAGUUUAAUGGUGAUCCCGGCCAUAACCGAUGUCACCAUGGUAGCAGUUUGUCCUGGAAAAGAUGAGUGCUCUCUUGCGAUUUACCUCUCCGGUUUCCAGCAAGCUAUCAUCGGACUGGGGACAGUUGUGAUGAUGCCGCUAAUAGGAAAUCUAUCAGACCAGUAUGGAAGGAAAGCCUUGCUCACACUUCCUAUGACUCUCUCCAUUAUUCCCUUAGUUAUAUUGGCAUACAGUAGGACAACCAACUUCUUCUAUGCCUACUAUGUGCUCAGGACCCUCACGGCUAUGAUCUGUGAAGGCAGCAUCAACUGCCUUGCACUUGCUUAUGUGGCAGACAACGUUUUAGAGAGACAGAGAACAUCAGCAUUUGGAAUUCUAUCUGGCAUAGCCACAGCCGCGUUUGUCUGUGGAACCUUAGCUGCUCGUUUCCUCUCCACUGCUUUAACGUUUCAGGUGGCUGCGUUGGUGUCAAUGCUUGCUGCUGUGUACAUGAGAAUUUUCCUCAAAGAGAGUCUACCAAAUGGCGAAAAUUUGACGCAGCCAAUCUUGAAGAGCGGACAGGAUGAUCACUGUCAAGAUGGUGAUUUAUCAAGGCAGGCUCCGGUAUUGAAGAAGAUCCCAUCAAUUCAGGAUAUCAUUGGCUUGCUGAAGAGCAGGGUAACAUUUUCGCAAGCAGCAGUUGUCGCAUUCUUCAAUAGUCUUGCAGAAGGUGGAAUGCAAGCUAGCAUCAUGUACUACUUGAAGGCUCGUUUUCACUUCAGCAAAAACCAUAAUGCUGAUCUGAUGCUACUUCUUGGCAUUGCGGGAAUGGCCUCACAGCUGGUUUUCAUGCCCUUGUUGGCACCACAUGUAGCAGAGGAAAAAUUGCUGGCAAUAGGGCUUUUAGGGGGCAUCGCAGAUGCAUUGCUUUACAGUGUAGCAUGGUCAAAUUGGGUCCCCUAUGCCACCACCAUUUUUGCGGUUUUUAUUGUUUGCGUGCCUCCAUGUUUACGCAGCAUCGCAUCGAAACAAGUAGGGCCAACUGAGCAGGGGAAGGCUCAAGGAUGCAUUUCAGGAAUAAUCUCCUUCGCAAACAUCAUCUCCCCCUUAAUCUUUAGUCCUCUGACAGCCUUAUUCCUGUCUGAAGAUGCACCAUUUCAUUUCCCUGGCUUCAGUAUUUUGUGCAUUGGAUUUGCAACGAUGAUUGCAUUCUUUCAGAGUGUUCUCAUGAGGGGUGCUCCUCCUAUUUCAAGUCACAAAAUCAGCAGCAACAGCUUGGUAGCCUAGAUCUAGUUCAGAUCGAAAUGGCCAAUUUAAAGCACCUGCCAGAAAUCUUAACGCCACAGCCUUUUCCUACGAUGGGAGAUUCGAUUCUAAUGAAAAGAAUCUUCUUCAAUCACAAAGAAGCACCAUCGUGUUUAACUAUCCAUAGCUGGGAAAAACUGCCAUGGCAGAGAGCAGGGGACGUUCAAUUUGUAAAAGAAUUUUAUUUUUUUAAAAAAAAAUCAUGUCUGAACUUCAAUAUUUCUUGUUUCUGGUUGAAAUCAAGUUAAACCCAGCAGAUUUUUUAGAUUAUCAUUCUACGUUGGCCAUGAA